UAUUAUUAGCUAAAGUUUAAUGUGAUGUAUACUGUCAUUUUCAUGGUAGUAGUUAAGAUACCUUAACACUGAUGCUAUGAAAAGAUUUUCUGUUCAGUCAGAUAAUCAAUCCUUUAUAACUGAGCUUCAAAAUCAAUGGAAUGGCACAGAAAACCAUGUCUGUACCAUUCCAGGUGGUAGGAAAAAAGUAGAAAGUCAGGGUUUCUUCAUAGUGAGUUUAGUGUUUAGCAAAAAUUUCUUUGCCCUUCUUUACUACUAAAUUCCAAUAAUUCUUACACAUUGUACCUUUUAUAGGAACUAAACCAAAACUAAUACUUAUUGUCUGAGUUUUACAGCAACAACAGUGCAGUAUCCACUGAUGUGCCUGCUCGUUAAUUUGCUUAUACUUAGGUGUCAACCGAUGUCAUAAAAAAGGCAAAUCAUCCUGAUUAAUUGAAUACCUCUAGUACUAUGUUACCUCUAGUAUUAGUAACAGUGUUACAGAAUUAAUCUUCUUCUGCCUCAUAAACAGUCUGCGGAGAACAGCCUUGUGUUGAAAACUGUUGUUCUACCCAGUUAUGAACCUGUACAGCCUGACAGGAGCAUGUGUGCCAACACAGAUUAUUACCAUAGAAAAAUUAUAGAUGAUGAUUGGUAAAGAAGAUUCAAUUGACACCAUUUUCAAAAAGACACAAAUCUGGCAGCAGUUAGAUUUCAGUGUCACAUAAAGUGAUGACCUGCCACCUUUCUACAUUUUACUCUCCUUCCAGACCUCUUGACGACACUGCUGUUGUAUAUGGCAGUAGUCUGAUAAUGGGCUUAGUGUACUGGAGGAGUGGUAGGAGAUCUGGUAUCAGUGUUUCCACAGCAACACAUAUUAAAUUGCAGCGCAGUCUACGAGUGGUGGACUUUAGACAGGUGGAGGGACAGGUGACACUGGCUACAGGAAACACUCUCCUUCCAGGAACGACACGCAACAGCUUAAAAAAUGGCUAAAUUUUUCACACCAGUUCAGAUCAAUGAGUUCAAAGAGUGCUUCUCCUUGUAUGACAAGAAGCAAAAGGGCAAAAUUGAUUCCAAAGACCUCAUCACAGUCAUGCGCUGCCUGGGAACAAGCCCCACCUUCGGAGAAAUUGAAAGACAUCUACAAGUUCACAAAAUUGAAAAGACGGGUGAGCUGGACUUCUCUACGUUCUUGAUGAUGAUGCACAGACAAAUGCAGCAGGAGGACCCCAAGACAGAAAUCUUGGAGGCCUUUCGGAUGACUGACAAACAGAAGAAAGGCUACAUCCAGGCGUCUGAGCUGCGAGCCAAACUCACCAAGUUAGGAGAGAAACUCACAAACAAAGAAGUGGAUGAGCUCUUCAGAGAGGCGAAUGUCAAGUCGAACGGGACUAUCAACUAUGAAGCGUUCACCCAAAUGGUGACGCUGCCACCAGUUGAUUACUGAUUCUUCAAAGAAGAAUCAAACAAACCGGCUUCACGCGUCACAACAGCUCUGGAAUAAAACGAUCACAUUGCAACAGUGACAUGUUGUAUAUAACCUUAACAAACACAGUUUGGCUAUUUUUUUUCUAAAUAAUUUCUGAAUUAUUUAAUAAACAUAAAUCUUCUUUGUCUUAACCAAAUGUGUACAAUUCUUAAUGACUGAACAUGAAAAGUAAAGUAUAACAGUAUAUUUAGAAAGUAUUACUUUGUAAUGGGACUCAUUUUUUAUUUCUUUUAAGGUUUUAAAAAUGCUUUGAGUGAACAGAAUUAUUUGGCAGUAGAAAUUUUACUCUGCAUUUGUUCGUGGAACUUGAAUGAAAACCUUUCU